UGGCAACGUUGCAGACGAGUCGUAAACACAGCACACGUGGGGCAGCGGGACCCGUCUAGCUGCUGCUAUAUCGCUGAGAAAAGGCAUCUGUGGACAUGUAUCACUUAAUGUCACCUUGAUAUUGAGCAAAAUCAUUCUAUAAGUCACCUGCAGAAGCUUAAGAUUACUCAAUAGCAGCAGCGGCGGCGGCGGCGGCAUGGGAAGCCUAGACUUGAAGGAGCGUCUCCAAGGGCCGGAGCCUUUGGCCACUCGUCUCCAUGUUGGGGAGAAGACCUUCCUGGCCCCCCUCAAGGUGCCGGUGUCACAGAAAGAGGAUGUGGUGGUCCUGUGGCUCUCCCAACUUCUUACAAGCAAGGUGGGGUCACUGAGUGCCGAGGACCAGGUGGCGGCAUGGACGACGCUGAGCACCCUCCUGGCCUCCAAGCGCCUCAAGGCCUUGUGUGCCAACAACUGGGUCUGCCCCAUCACCUCCACCUUCACAGAGACCUUAGUGGACGUCAUCAACAUCAACUCCAACACUGAGCUUCGGGGAAAGGCCGUGAGUGUCUGCCACAGCCUCAUGACCAACCCUGUCUUGGCUCCUCUGGUCACUCACUCCCUGGGCCGAUGUCUCCUCCUCUCCAAGGGGCUGAUCACGUGGCUGCUGGAAGGCAACACAGAUGACCUCAGUGUGACCUCAGCCACAAUGAUGAUCACAGAAGUUGGGGCGCGUCUGCAGGCCCACGUGGACAAAGUCAAUGUUAUGAGCAGCGUCUCUGAACAUUUGUUGCUCCCCUCGGCCAAACUUGCUGUUGCCAUGAAGGGCGAUGGCAGGAAACAGAUGCAGGAGUUGUUAAAAGAGAUCCAGUCGUUAAUAACCACGAGCUUGUUUCACGGUGAACUGAUAAAUCACUAUAACAAUGCAUUCACGCUCCUGUUCUCUGAGGCGAAGGCAGUUUUAACGGAUGAUUUUGUUAAGUUUUUACAGUUAAUUGUUACUUAUAUCGAAAGUGAACCUGUAGAAGUCUCACAGUGCAUUCUGGGAGAAGUCUAUCGCCAAUUCUUGAUGAAGUUCAAGGCACAGACGAACUUGCACUGCCAGAUGUUGAUUGUUCUCUGUCACUCACUGGGAAUCACUCUUCAGAAUCCUAAACUCCCUUUCAUUGUUGCAAAGAGUUUCUCCGCCCAAAAACUUAGAGCACUCAACACCAGUGAGGAGAAGAAGGAAGUCCUCCUAUACUCUCUCCUCCAUGUCAUUCAAGAGGCAUCUCUGAACAUACCAAAGGAUGGAGACAUGGACAUCCUUCUGAAGAGUCUGGGAGAACUAUUAGUAGCGACGUCGCCCGUGUCCAUCGAGGGUUACAAGUCAUUACAGGCUCUCCUCGUCUUGAUCCCACAGUUCAUGAGUAACCUUAUCUUGAAGAACAUGUGGAAUAUCUACUGCUGCAAGACCCCAAAUAGCAGUGACGCCAAGGGGGAGCUGCACGCCGCCUAUGAUGACCUGCUCUGUGAGGUGCUGGUGGUGUGUGUCAGGCUGCGGAACAUGCCCAAGAUGUUCGAGAAGAUGCUGGCGGCCCUGAAAGACGAGAGCGCGAACUUGAAGAACCAGACCAUUCCUGAGUCACUGGAGGCUCAGGAAGGGAGAUCAGUGUUUCCUCCAAGGUUUGUGGCGGCGUUACGAAGAACUCUCUCCGGCCUGAGCCAUCGACAAGUCCUGCCAGUGUGGAAGUCCGUCCUCUUCUUCCUCACCAAGGAGAGCGCUGUCAUGCUGAAGGCUCCAGCCAAGCCCGGUGACCUUGAGUUUGUGAGCCUGGUGGUGUGGGUGCUGGCGGUGGUGGUGGAGGCCAGCCCGUCCCUGCAGGUGGCAACAGUGGCUGGGGAUGCUGGCAGCCUGGCGGAGAUCAUGACUCAGAUUGCCCUCUCUGGAAUCAAGCCUCUGGGGACGGUCAUGCUCACCCAGCCUCAUAAUAACAAUGUUUGUGCAAGUUUUCUCACCAUGUGCCAUGCCUGGGGGGACCUCCAUGCCAGGCUGCUCACCACAGAGGUGGGGUACUGCCAGUGGCCUUCACUGCCCAAGGUGCUUCCCUUCAACCCGAGCCCUCCAACAGACUUUUCCCACCUGUUUCCCUUCAUCCCGCCGGACGCCUGGGCCCAGAUCUCGGCCAGGGUCGCAAACUUUGGCAACAAGGCAGCACAGCAAGCCUUGGUUCAGUUGGUCAUCCAGAAGUUCAGCCAGGCCUCACUAGCACUGCAGAGGGGUGUGCUGUGCCAGGACUCAGCCGCCCAGCAGACAGCCCAGGCCAUCACUCAGCAGGCUGUGGACAAUGCUGGGAAGUACCUCACCAAUGCCCUGGAGUCUUGGGGCAGCAAUGUGUCCCGCCUAUUCACUGUCCACCUCACCUACAUCCUGCCCUUCUUCCAGCUCAGCCACCUCUCUGUCAUAGCAAGGAAUUUGGUGAGCCGAGUGAAGGAAGGCGACAAGUCCUGGAGUGAGUAUGUCAGCAGCCGCCACUUUGAGGAGGCCAGCCAUCUCCAUCCUCAUGUGUUCGCCAGCAUCUGCUCAGCCUUGGCUGCCACACAUGACUCCAGGAAGAGGAAGCUGUCGGAGUGUGAGGACGGCCCCACGGCCAGCAAAAACUACUGCCUCAAGGUGCUGAGGAAGAUGAGCAAAGCUGCACCACUGCUGGUUGAAUUUGACUCAGCAAAGGAGGAGGAAAAUGCCUUGUGGGAAAUGUUUCAAGAAUGCGGUGACUGCCUGAGGAAGCUGAUAGAGAAAGGCCAGACCCAGUCAGGUUCUCUGCCUGGAUGCAAAGCAGGAGAGUUUAGUGCAAUGAUCAAUUUGUUAACCAAGUUCCCUCUCCACCACCUGAGUAAGACUUCAAAGACUGCCAUCCAGCUGGUGCUGCUCACGCUUCUGGUGCAGGAGAGUGGCCAGGGCAGGGAGGAAAACUUCUUUGCCCUUGUGAAUGCCCUGAACCAAGCACUGGGGUACUUGGGGACAUUCAGACUCUACUCCAUCACCAAGGCGAGCAGCUUGAUGAAGUGGCUCAUCGAGAAGAGAGCGUCCCUCUACGGCUCCAUGCUGUCCCCGCACAUGGUCAACCUACCCCAGGCACUCAUGAAGGCCAACGGCACCUACACGGCCAGACCAACGGACAUGCAUGGUCUGUCUCAGGAUGCACAGAACAGACACAGCCUGGACCACAUGAUCCUCUACCUCACCUUCAAGCUGACCUGGACCACCAAAGUCGCCGACCAGGUGAAGGAGGUGGCGGAGCACAUCACCGGCAGCACGGCCGUUCCCGCCGAGGCCAUGCUGCAGCCGGCCGUCUUCCUGCUGGCCGCCUGCCACCUGAAAGGAAAUGUCAUCUGCCAGUGGGCCAAGCAGCACCUGUCCAGCUGGCUGCUGCGCCACCUGAAGAGGAUGGACCUGGACACCACCGCGCCCACCGCCGCCGCCACGCUGCUCACGGCGCACACCAUCAUCGUGCAGACCCUGGCGCCAGCCCUCGCCGGGGAAGGAUCAGAGAAAGCUGCAAAGACAGUUGAAAGCUCCACCACCACAGAGUCAGGAGAAGCUAAGGAGGAGGAGAGCAAGCAAGGCGAUGCUCUGUUGAAAGAAGACACAACAAAAAAGCUAAAGUGGAAAAAGCUCCUGCAGCGAAGUGUCCAGUUGUCUGAGCUGUGCUUGUCUUCCGGGAACCAGGAGCUUGAAGAGUACGCCCUGGCCUUCCUCUUCACCGCCGCCAAGCACUCAAACGUCCUUCAGGGCUACCUUCCCUCCCAGCUAUUGACCACGGCCUGGUCGGCUCUCUCACAGCCAGAAAGGUUUCCACUAGGCACUGAUUCAGGUAUAUGCAGCAAGGUGUCCCUGGAGCCAGUCCUCUUGACUGCGUCCCCUGAGGAUUACGAGAAGCUGCUCGAGGACCUGGUGACUCGGACCAACAAAGGCGGCGGCCAGCUGUGCCACACGCUGCGGCUGUGGCGGCUGGUCAUCAACUCCAUGGCCACCGGCGCCAACGGGUUCCUCAAACGAACGGCCCUGGAGCACCUCGUCCCCAUCCUGGUGCACCUGGCCACCACGCACGGCACCAGCGCCGAGCCGGACUGCGGUGUGCUGCACGCCGUCCUGCUGACGCUGCAGGAGAUCAUCCAGACCUCCAUAUCAUUUGAGGACCAGACCAGAGCACAUUUCUUGAUGCCGUGCACCAUCAUCCAGCUGCACAAGUUACCUUUUAGCGACUUUUGUCAGAUCUUCAACACGUCCGUCAGCAUCGUGAACAUCAUCGUGGUGGAGCACACCAACACAGUGGUGGAGCGGACUCCUGCUGUGCUUGCCGCCAUCAGCCACCUCACCACCGCCCUGAUAGCUCAGGCCAGCCAGGAGCAAAAGCUUGAGGACAGCCAGAUAAGAGAUCUUGUUGGGUGCAGCAGUAACCUGGAGAGGCUUGUGAAGGAGCUGGCGCCCUUCAAGGUGAAGCUGAACAAGGUGGUUCACUUCACCAUGGCCACCAUCGUGGUGGCCCUCCAGCACACCACCGUCUACCCGGCCGUCAAGAUGGUCGUGGAGAGUGUCGUGUACCGCCUGCUGGACCUCUGCGACUCCUACUGCCUGCAGCACCUCCUGGUGGCCCUGCCCCCGGCCGCCACCACCCUGCUCAAACACCUCCACGAUAACUACUCAACCUUCCAUCGGUUCAACCCAGGUAAAGCGUAGCCAGCACUCUGAAAGGGGCUUCUGUGUACAGCGAACAUGGGAAACCUCAGUGUAAUGGAUUUUGAAUAUAAUAAAGACUCCAAAGAGA